ACACUCUUUUUUGCUUUGUUAAUAAGCGUUUGCAUAUGUGGAUUCCUGUUUUUCAGUUUUGGGAAUGUAUAUACAAAGUAGUUACUAUCGUCAGUUUGUGAAUGUGCAUAAAGUUGGUGAGACUGUCAAGACUGCAGGUACUGACAGUGAUGUUGUAGAAGCAGGAAUCGACUGUUAGGGAUGUGGACUGUACCUGCCUUUUGAUCUUCACAUCAAUAAAGCCCAUGCCAUUUGCAGAAGCCUGACCAAACACCAGUAAAUCUGUGUCCAGAUAUACUUGGUGUUAUUCAGUUCGAGGCUACAUUAUAUUCAGCAUGAAAAGGGCAAUGUGGAGUGAGCACGUCGCUAUUAUAUCAUCAGAUGAGUCUUCUUCCUCAGAUUCUGAUGCAGAGGUCAGUAAUGAUUUUGCUGGACAGCAGUCAAAUAUUAGCACCCCCAUGUCUCAACCUGUCAAAGUUAUGACACCUGAAGAUGCACUGAUCAAAAGAGCAGAAAUGUACCAAGAGUACAUGAAGCAAAUCCCAAUCCCUACAAAGCGCAGCUCAAUCAUUCCAUUUACCACAUGGGUGGGAUUGGGUACUUCUAUUAAACAGUUAUAUGGCCAACCAUUGCAUUGCCUGACAAACAUACUCCUCAAACAGUGGGACCAAUCAAGGUUUGGAACUGAGGAUGAACAUGAGCAGUUGGACACCAUUGUUCAUCCCUGUAAAGCUGAAGCCACCAUCUGGCUCAUUGAAGAGGUCCAUCGUCGUGUCACAUCACAUCACCAAGUAGCUAGAGUCUGGCAAUCAGAUCCAAUG